CUUUGAAUAUUUCUAAAAAAAAAUCAAAAACUAGCUUCAAUCGUCUCUCGAGCCACGCAUUCUUCACCUAAUCGAAUGUACAGAAGACGCAGUACCAUUGAUAAAUAUUCUUUUUGACUCAAAAAGUAAAAAAGCACGUUUCAGUAAGCUCAGUUUGAGCAAGAGAGCUUUUUUGUAAAGGGUUUUGCUUUUGCCUAAUUAAAGAUGAGCGAUCAAACUUUGAGAACUACAGUAAAUGAUUUUAUUUUUAAAGAAGUUCUAGGCGAAGGCGCUUAUGGCGCUGUUUUUUUAGCUACUGAAAAGAAGACACAAAGAAAUAUGGCCAUCAAAGUUAUACACAAAAAAAAUCUUAAUACAGAGCAAAAAAUGCUCUGUGCUAAAAAUGAGAAAAAUAUUAUGAGCAUGUGCAACCAUCCGUAUAUCGUGAAGCUUUACAUGACGUUUCAAGAUGAAAACUGCCUAUAUUAUUGCACGGAAUUGGCGCCAAACGGAGAACUGUAUACAUGGGUUGACAAGUUCAAGGGCCUUUCUAUUGACUGCGUUGUUUUUUAUGCAGCUCAGCUUGUUUUAGCACUUGAAUACCUGCACGGGAAAGGUAUUGCACACCGCGACCUUAAGCUUGAAAAUAUUCUUUUGGACGAGAAUUUUCGUAUCAAGUUGACAGAUUUUGGCACCGCCGAAUUGGUUGGCAGGGAUGUUCUAGCUUAUUCCAGCUCGUUCGUCGGAACGCCAUCGUAUAUGGCACCAGAAUUCCUUCAGACUGAAAACCGCAAAGUUUAUAAAAGCGCCGAUCUGUGGGCGCUGGGCUGUAUUUUGUACCAGAUGAUCUGUUGUCGUCUUUUGUUCUAUGGCUGCACUGAGUAUUUAACCUUUAAAAAAAUACAGGCAGGGAAGAUUGUUUAUCCAAUAAAUAUGCCUAAAGAUGCCGAGGACUUAAUUUCCAAGCUCCUGGUGGUCGACUCGCUAGAAAGAUUGGGUGCCAAGUCUUUUGAAGACCUAAAGUCACACCCAUUCUUCAAAAUUGACUGGAAGAAUAUUGACCAGAUAGUACCAAACCUGAGAGGACCAGAAAAAGAGAUGAUAUGGCGGGAAGAUCUAGCCGAAGAGACAGAAGAACCGAUACCUACCAAUGUUGUUGAAAAGAAGCCAUGGGAAAAACACUUGCUAAAGGCCGAAAAAACUUUUUUCUCAGGAUUGGUCUAUAAGCGACGCAAGUUUUCAAUAAAGAAGAGAAUGUUGAUUUUGACUGAUAUGCCAAGGCUUAUAUAUGUUGAUCCGAAAAAUAAUACAUUGAAAGGGGAAAUUUCAUGGUCCGAUUUGCGACAGGUCGAGAAAAAAACUGAUGUCUCCUGGAAAAUUUAUACGCCAAAAAGAACAUAUCACCUAGAAGAUAUUUCAAAAGAUAGCCAGCGUUGGCUAAACGCUAUAGAAACCCUGAGAAACGAAAAAAAUCAGAAUGCUACUAAAUCGCUUCAUAGAUCGGACUCGGGAGCAAGAUGAAGGGCACAUUGAAGCAACAUUUCAGUCAAGCUUUCGCUAAACCAUGUUUACUCUGGCGAUUAGAGUUAAAGUCAUAAUGUUUGACUAGCUUGUGCUUCCAUAGCAUUUAUAAAUUGACUCGGCAUAUAAAUAUACUCCAAUACAGUUCAAAGCGAAUUUGUUGAAUGGACAAACUCAAAAUGAAACAAUUGUAUUCAAUUCUCUAACUGAAUGACAUCGUUGCAUCUUUU